AUGUUUUCAAAAACCAACUAAGUGUCUCCAAUCAGAACUCAAUCUCCUGUCAUUGCUCAUAAACACUCAAAUCCAAACAAUUCUACUUAAGCACAAUCUUAUUAUACUUCAUCCAAAACCACACCUCUGAAAAUGCAAGAAUAAAAAUUUGAAAUCAUUCAAUAAGGAGCAACCAUCCCAACCCAACCGUAAACAUCACCAGAAAAAAUUAAGAUACUCAAUCAUGACUUUGAAUUGCAAGUCUUAAAAAAUGAAAUCACCUUCAAAGAAUAAAAAAUAGUCUCCUUAGAAAAAGCCUUGGAGUUAGCAAAUGAAGAUAGAACUAGAUUACGCUCUGUUUUAGAGUAGAAAUCCAUUUUAUGCGUCAAUAAGGAGAGGGAAAUAGCAAAGUUAUUAGCUACCAUUCAUUAAUUGGAAUUCAAGAGGAAUGAGAAUUAAAUAAUCAAAGAACUUUAAACCUAGAUCGAUACUUUAAAAUAGUUCAUUUAAGAGAAUGCCUUAAAUAGACAAAGCAUUAAGUAAGAAGAUACGACUAGUCUCAAAAAUAAAUUAACUACUACUUAAGAUUAACUCGCUUAAUCCAUCAGGUAAAACGAAUCACUCUAACAGUAUGUAAGUGACCUUAUGAAACAAAAUAAGGAAUUGUCUCAAAAGUAUUAAGAAAAAUUUUUGGAAUGGCAAUAAUUGCAGAUGUAAUUCAACUAACCUUCAAAUUAUCAAUCUGAAAUAAAAGAAAGUGAAUAACCUGACAUUCAAAAAAAUACAUUGAAUUACAAUUACAAUUCCUCUGUAAAGUAGUAGAGUUAGUUUGAUUAACAGAAUGAAAUUUUAAAAUUCCUAUCACAGAUUAAACAAUAAUACUUGGAAGAAUCACCAAAGAGAGACAUUGAUGACCAAGAAUAAAUAAAUGUUUAUAGACCAAUUUACAGUUUUCAAUCCACCGAAGAUAUCAAUAAAACAGAAAGAUUAAAUAAGUGA